AUGAGGUUCUCAACUGCCGCUUUCUUCGCCAUUGGCCUUUUGGCUGGCAACGUCAUUUCUGCCCCCGCGGUCCAAGGAAACGAUGUUGCCCUCCCCAUCGAAGUCCGUGCAGACGACUUCGUCGCAAACGACGCCGCCCACCUCGAGGCCCGAGCGAAGAAGAAGAGGGCUGCCGGAGCGGCGGCCAAGAAGAACAAUGGCGCUGCCGCCGCCAAGGCGAACGCUGCCAACGCCGCUGCGGCAAAGAAGAAUACUGGUGCCGCUGCCGCUGCGAAGAAGAACAACGGCGCCGCCGCUGCUGCCAAGAAGAAGAACGCCAAUGCGGCGAAGAAGAACGCAAACGCUGGUAACAAUGCCAAUGCGGGCAACAACGCUAACGCCGGCAACGCCAACGCUGCCAAGGGCAAGGGCAAGUCCCAGGCCGAGUUCUCUGGCUUGGCUUGCACCGAUGGAAAGGGAGCUGGUGCUUGCAACGCCAACGGCCAGUGCGCCGUCAAUGGCAAGACAACUGCCAUCGCUGGCCAAUGCGGUCAGGCAGCGAAGAAGGCCAACAAGCGCUAUGUCUCGGAUGUCACCCACCUCAUUUGA